GAGGGAAUUAUAUAAUAUAUAUUUUUAAAAAAUUCCUCUGCAUGAGUAAAUAAAAUAAUAAGUGGGUGCGUCACGUGGUCCCGGCUGCAGGUUGACCUGUGAUGAACUUGCGCGGCUUGUUUUCGCUCGCCGUCAGACUCUGUAGGACCCAGCGGAAAACUGCUCCAGCCGGAGGGAGCCGGAGCAGGAGAGGCAGAGAGCGCAGAGUGGAGAGGAGACGUUCCCAGACCAGUCAGUGGCUUCAUGGAGUUAUGCACCUCUGAUCCGCCGCCAUGGAUUGCAAUCUGCGAUCUCCUCUUUUCUUAGCACACCUUUUCGUGUCCACCUUCCUCCCUGCCCUCUGCGUCAUUUACCCCCUCAAUGAAGUUAACCUGUUAGACUCCAAAGCAAGCCAAGGGGAGUUAGGAUGGAUUUCCUACCCGUCACAUGGAUGGAGGGAAAAUUGGGAGGAGAUCAGUGGGGUGGACGAGCACUACACUCCCAUACGAACCUUCCAGGUCUGCAACGUGAUGGAGUACAGCCAGAACAACUGGCUUCGCACCAACUGGAUCCCUCGGCAGUCGGCGCAGAAGAUCUACGUGGAGCUGAAGUUCACUCUGAGGGACUGCAACUCCAUUCCUUUGGUCCUGGGGACCUGCAAGGAGACCUUCAACCUUCUGUACCUGGAGACAGACGACGACCAGGGAAGCCAUUUCAGAGAGCAUCAGUACCUCAAGAUUGACACCAUUGCCGCCGAUGAAAGUUUUACCCAAACGGAUCUCGGGGAUCGCAUUCUCAAACUGAACACUGAGGUGCGUGAGGUGGGGCCCUUGAGCAAGAAGGGUUUCUACCUCGCAUUCCAGGAUGUGGGUGCCUGUGUAGCUUUAGUGUCGGUGAGGGUUUACUUUAAAAAGUGCCCAUACACUGUGAGGAAUCUGGCCUCCUUCCCGGACACGGUGCCCAUGGACUCCCAGUCACUGGUUGAGGUCAAAGGGUCGUGCGUGAAUCACUCCAAAGAGGAGGAACCUCCACGAAUGUACUGCAGCACGGAGGGGGAGUGGCUUGUGCCGAUCGGGAAGUGUCUAUGUAACCCGGGAUACGAGGAGAGAAGCAGCACCUGCCAAACAUGCCGGGCAGGAUUCUACAAAUCUGGCUUCGGCAACACGGAGUGUUCAAAGUGCCCGCCUCACAGCUUCUCACACCAUGAGGGGUCGCUGCACUGCGUCUGUGAGAAGAACUACUUUCGGGCAGAAGGAGACCCCGCCUCCAUGUCCUGUACCAGACCUCCGUCAGCCCCCCGUAACGUGAUCUCCUCCAUCAACGAAACAUCCGUUAUCCUGGAGUGGAGUUGGCCCGACGACACCGGGGGACGGCGGGAUAUCACCUUCGCCGUCCUCUGCAAACGCUGCCGUGGCGUGGCCGCCGACGGGAGCCAGCGCUGUGAGCCCUGCAGAAGCAACGUCCGCUUUGUGCCCAGAGCCACCGGCCUCUACAACACCACAGUGACGGUCACAGACCUGCUGGCCCACACCAACUACACUUUUGAGAUCGAGGGGCAGAACGGCGUAUCCUCUCUAGCACCUCAGAUGAGGCAGUAUGCUGCCGUCACCAUCACCACCAACCAAGCAGCUCCCUCGCCGGUAUCAGGUAUCCGAAAGGAGAAAACAACUCGAAACAGCGUCUCCUUGGCGUGGCAGGAGCCAGAAAGACCAAACGGCAUCAUCCUCGACUAUGAGAUCAAGUAUUAUGAAAAGGAGGAGCAGGAGACCAGCUACACCAUCCUCCGUGCUCGGGGUUGUAAUGUGACCCUAGGUGGUCUGAAGCCCAACACAGCCUACCUGCUUCAGAUCAGAGCUCGCACCGCUGCCGGAUAUGGAGCCAGCAGCACCACCUUCCAGUUUGAAACCAGUCCUGACUCAGCCUUUUCAAUCUCCAGUGAGAGCAGCCAGGUUGUUUUGAUUGCCAUUUCCUCCGCUGUGGCCAUCAUCCUUCUCACCGUGCUGCUCUACGUCCUGAUUGGCAGGGUUUGCUGCCGAAGUAAAUCCAAACAUCCGGAUGAGAAAAGGCUGCACUUUGGAAACGGUCACUUGCGUCUCCCAGGGAUCAGGACGUACAUAGACCCUCACACAUAUGAGGACCCAAGCCAGGCUGUCCAUGAGUUUGCCAAGGAGCUGGACGCUUCAUGCAUCGCCAUUGAUAAAGUCGUGGGAGCAGGUGAGUUUGGAGAGGUGUGCAGUGGUCGUCUAAGGCUGCCCAGCAAAAAAGAGAUCUGUGUGGCCAUCAAGACUCUGAAAGGAGGAUAUACGGAUAAACAGAGGCGGGACUUCCUUGCUGAAGCAUCAAUAAUGGGGCAGUUUGAUCACCCCAACAUCAUCAGAUUGGAGGGUGUAGUAACUCGCAGUAAGCCUGUCAUGAUUGUCACAGAGUACAUGGAGAACGGAUCUCUUGACAGCUUUUUAAGAAAGCAUGACGCCCAGUUUACAGGCAUCCAACUGGUUGGGAUGCUGCGGGGCAUCGCUUCAGGCAUGAAGUAUUUGUCAGACAUGGGCUACGUUCACCGAGACCUGGCUGCACGGAACAUCCUCGUCAACAGCAAUCUGGUGUGCAAAGUGUCAGAUUUUGGCUUGUCCCGUGUACUGGAGGACGACCCGGAGGGAGCCUACACCACCAGGGGAGGAAAGAUUCCUAUCCGGUGGACAGCCCCAGAGGCGAUCGCCUACAGGAAGUUUACAUCAGCCAGCGAUGCUUGGAGUUAUGGCAUUGUGCUCUGGGAGGUGAUGUCAUACGGAGAACGACCAUACUGGGAAAUGUCAAAUCAGGAUGUAAUAAAAGCUGUAGAUGAGGGAUACCGCCUGCCCCCACCCAUGGACUGCCCUGCCACCCUCUACCAGCUGAUGUUGGACUGCUGGCAAAAAGAGAGGAACAAUCGACCCAAGUUUGAACAGAUUGUCAGCAUUCUGGAUAAACUCAUUCGCAACCCUGGAAGCCUCAAAAUCACAGCCAACACCACAUCCAGGCCAGCCAAUUUAUUGUUGGACAGGAGCAGUUUAGAGGUUCCAUCUAUGGGGACGAUGGGUGACUGGAUGGAUCCGAUGAGAACCCUGCCCUGCAAGGAGGCCUUCUCAGGGGUCAGCUACAGCUCCUGCGACACAAUAGCCAAGACCUCCACGGAUAGAGUGGUUCUGACGGAGGUCCAUGUAACACCAGCCACAUGCCCAGAAUGGGAGCCAUCCAUGGGGAUCACCACCCUCUAACACCCACUUCUUUUCCAGCUGCCCAGGCUCUGGAUGGGAUCUGAAAAAGGUUGGCGUGACUAUUGUUGGACCACAGAAGAAGAUAGUGAGCAGCCUUAAAGCGCUAGAUUCCAACACCAAGAACGGCCCGGUACCUGUUUAAAAAAACAAUAAUAGUAAUAAUAAUGCAAUGAAUGAGAAACUGCAGAGAUCUGUGCUGACUCAGCAGAUACAGAAACUGGACUCAGAGGGAACGGACUAUGUUAAAUACUAUUUGUCUUUCAUUCAUUUGGUGAAAGACAGAAUUCUGACGGAGAAAAGGUGGAGUUCGAUGCAGAUCUGCCAGUUAGUCAUCUAGCUGGCACAACCUUCUUCCUCCCUGCCCAAGUUGAGAUGCCUUACAGACUAGUAGAGGAGUCAGAAGAUCAGGUAAACAAACUUGGACUGUACAGGGAAACAGGGUGUGGACUGAGACAAAGCCGGAGCUCUCCAUAACUCUGACUUAGCCACAGAACGCCAGACCUUCAAGCUGUGGAGCGGGGCAAGCGAAAUGGCCUAGAGGCUGCAUGAACACGAGCACGGUAAAACAGCAGCUGACCUGGAUGUGGAACCCGUCUCCCCCUUUGGAUUGAUGGAAGCUGAGGUUGUGGAUCGCAAACCGGGGGGAGCUGAGCCGGUCUGGACAAACCUAGAUUCUAACCGAGCCAUUGUACUUCAGUAGCUCAAACCUAAAGCAUUUGCAUUCAGUAAACACGCCAUAUGAAAGCAAUAAUGAUGUAAUCCUUCAAGUAGAGUCAUUGUCUGGAAGCCAUUGGUCUGCCACUUGUGUAAUGUACUUAAAGGGUACAAACUUCAUAACACACUUCUCACACAGGAUGCAGUCACAUCUGUGUUCUCUGUGGGAAUGAACGUCUAUUGAAUUACGCAUCCCCACCCCCUCACUCCAUGACCUUUGUGUAAAAUCUCAGGAUGUGUUUUAUCCUUCAGUUUAAGGAACUAUUGGUGAUGAUAGAGCAAAGACUGCUAUUGGAGGCAAAGAUCUGAGUGAAAAAGAGAGAGAAGUGGAACGAUGGCAAAGAAAACUUGAAAAUGAAGCGGUGAUUGCUCCACAGGUGUUUGUUGUUGAAAACGUUUGCACCGCCACCUCUUCCCCACAGCAGGUAUUAUUCCAGAUCACUGCAGCUGGCGGAGUUGGAUGGAGACCACUGGUUUGGAUUUGAAACGAUACCUUUAGUGUAAACGCUGUGUGGGUUCAUUUCUUUUCUUUAUUGAUUUAAAAACCUGGUUGAAGUAAAAUGUAUGCGCUAAACUUGUCUCCGUUCUAUGAAUCCCAAUAAGCAAAAAAUAGAAAAUGAUGGGAUCACUAAGUUGGAUUUUUUCUUUUUUUUUUUUUUUUAAUUUUGCUCUUCAGUUGAAAGAUUCUUCAAAAAAGUAUGAAAACGCCUCAAAGUGACACCAACAUUUAAAUAAACCAUUGGCUUCUGUGACAGUUUUCAAGUUUUCCUAAAGGCACCUGAGCAUAUCUUUGUACAAGGAAAAGACGCUAAUAUUCUGUUUGGAUCAUAAAGUGCAAACAUACCCAGUAUUUUUAAACUUGCACUUUCCCUGUUUUGUGCUAUUGGACAAGAAAUAUUCACCUACAAGGAUAUUAUCGCCAUGCACUUAGUAUACAGUGUUGUAGCACUUUGAAUGGGAAUGGUAUUGCCUUGGCUGUAGACUAAGCUUGAGAAAUUUACAAAGCUGAUGGUGCUUUUGGGAAACUCAACUCAGUGAAUCCGUUCUCUCAACAUUUUUUUUUUCUUGGUCUUCCUGUGGAUGCUGCUGUUGCUGCUGUGCGUUCUAAUUAGCAUGUACAUAUUUGAAAUCAUCAUAUUGGAAGCAACCAGCACUAGAGAUCCCACUGUAUGUUAAUGGCCAUCCCUUUUUGUACAAAAUGUCUGUAUGUAUAAAUGACUUAAUAAAACCGUGCAACAGUUUUAAUUAAAAAAAAAAAAAAAGAGACAGAGAGACAAAAAUCAUCUGUAUUAUAUUUUAUCUCGUUUGGAUUUAUAUUUGUCAGUUGUUUUCUCUUUUCUACAAUAAAAAAACAGUUAUGAUGACAUUAUUUAUUUGUUAACAUUUACAGUGCAUUGUUGAUUUUUUUUUUUUUUUUUAGCAUAAGAUAAAUUAUGUGUCGGUAUGAUUUGUGUUCAAAUUAACAUACUUUAAAAAACACAAGACAUCCGAAAGAGCAAUACUGUAUGGACUUUAUCCAGAUCCCUAAUUCUAUGUCUCAAGACUGAUCUGUGUGUCUGUUUGAGAGUUUAUGUCUGCAAAUGUAGAUGGCCUUGUCUACUAAUGUAAAAUGGUUUGUAGUGGAAACAUUUAUAUUUUUAUAAUAAAUAUUCACAAAAUAUUUUCCAACAGAUGGAUGGUCAUGGAGCUGCCUCUGUGCUUUAUUUGUAAGGUUAUGUUGGAAGUACAGAAAAACAAAACUGAUGUACAACCUGUUGUUACGACGCUACCAAUGAUGUGGAACAAAGUCAUCAAUUUUCAUGUUUAACUUUUUUCUAAGCUUUAUUAAAUUUUUACAACACAUCAA